AUGAUGCGAGAUAAUAUAAUACCAUUAACUGAAAUUGAUUCUUUAUCAAAAGAAAUUGAAUGUAUAAUGUGUCUUAAUAUUGUUAAUGAUUCUCGUAUGUGUAUUCAUUGUUCUGCUAUUGUUUGUGUUAAAUGUAUUGAAAGUUGGCUAAAUAAACAAAAAUCAUGUCCAAAAUGUUCACAUUCUGUACAAGAAAUAGAUUUUGUUAAAUGUCGUCUAGCAAAUAAAUUAGUUGAUUUUAUUGAAACAUCGAAAGAGAAAUGUUGUUCGAAUUAUUCUGAAGAAACCGCAAAACCUUGUUCUACGACAUGUAAAAACUAUGCUCAUUCCGAAUUUGACAAACAACCGGAUAAUCCUAUUGAUGAAGAUUAUAAACAAAUCAUGACACUUAAUUAUAAACUUAUUGACUUUAUACGAAAAAGAAACAAAGAUAACCAAGAAAAACUUAAUGCUACUGAAUUAGCUAUUCAAAUGUUAUUUGAUGAUCAUAGUGAAAAUCUAAAACAUAAGAAUGCAGAUCAAAAAGCAACGGAAAUAUUAAUCAAAGAAACAGAAUAUUUGUUUGAUGAUUAUCAACAGAAAAAACAAGUUUACAAUGAUUUGAUAAAAACUGAUCAAUCGCUUAUAAAUGAUAUGGAACGUCGUCUAACGGAAAGUAAAACUUUAUCUGAUCAAGAAGAAAUCCUUCAGAUAUUACAAAAACAUAUACCGUCGGAAAGAAAUUCUGUAUAG